GCGAGCCAAUGUUGGAAAUUUAAUAAGAAAAGUUUGGACUUUCAUACUGACCUCAUCACACCUCAUCAACAUACUUCCAAACUCUUUCCCAUGCGCUUUAUCCUUCAACAGAGUGGCAACAACGUUGAGUGAAAGAGAACAUCAUGUUUUUGUUACGCCGCCUGAUAAAGAGUCAAUGAGACAUGGAUUCACACAGAUCCAUUCACUGAUAUGAUCGUGAAGACAGUUAUAUGUCCUGUCCUUAAAAGUCUUUUCCUCACAUCAGGAAGACACAUGAUGGAUGUACAGUACGACAUGAGAUAAAAUAUGGAAAAAAAAUUGGAAACAAAGCAGAUAAAAAUGGGGCCCGGGGAAAAGAAAGAAAUGCCAGGAACAUUUUCUCUUGCAUACAUGUGGUCUGAGUAAGCAUAGAGGGGCAAAUCCGUCAGCGUGCCAAAGAAAAGCUUCAUUUAUGAUUUUCUCCUGGAAAGAUCCCUUUAGUUUUAAGAGCAGAAUAGCUGAAUGUAUGUCACACAAGUGAUGAAAACUUGAAUUUAAGUUAUAAAAGUCAUGCUGUGCCACUCUAAAACAUGAUCUCUGGUCAUAUUCUGGUGUUUUGUUCUCACAGCAGAGCUCGGUGCAGCGAUCUACAGCACAGAUAUGAACUUUAACAAUGAACUCUGAAGGCUAUCUGUGUUUUUCCAGCGCACAAAUGAAACAAUAAUCUCUCCAGGAAAAAUUCAUAGAGGGAAAAAGUUCUUGUUCUCCAGGCCGGGCCCCGCCUCCUCCUCCGCCUCCUGCGCCACCACCUCCUUCUCCUUGCAGGGGACGGGGAGGGUAAGAAGUUAAGGAGUCAGCUCUCUCUCUCUCUCUCUCUCUGCCAUUGUUCUUGUUCUGGAAGUCUGGGAACGAGACGGGACGACGCUGGGUCGGGUACCGGACGACGGGUCUGUCGUUAUGACGGGCUCCGGUCCGAAGCUCGGGGUCCUGCUGCUGCUGGCGGUUCUGCUGCAGACUGUGGUGGUCACCAUCACCGUGCUGCACUUCACCACUGCUCUCAAUUCUAUGAAAGAGACGUUUGCCAGGAGCAGCGUUUCCUGCCUGACGGGCGCCGACCUGCAGAGCAUCACGGCCGUACGAGGGGAUCCGUGCUGGCAGGUCACUCAGCAGCUUCAUCUGCUCAUCGAGAAGUCUUUGUCUCAGCGUUACCAGAGGCAGAUUUCAUCGGCAGUCAGAGAUGAAGUAUCUCGGGUGCUGCCCUCACUUGUGAUGGUCGACAGGGCUUCACCUCGCCCCAAAGUCGCGGCCCACGUCACCGGUAGCUUUGUGCCCAAACUGGGGCGAGACGGAGGAGCUCCAGUCUCUGCUGGACGUCGAGUUCAGGGCCAGAAGAUCUCGUGGUGGGAAGGGCAGAAGGGCCUGGCCUUCCUCCAGGAUGUCGAGCUGGUGGACGGGGAGCUGGUGGUGCCGCAGCCAGGCCUCUACUACGUCUACGCCCAGACCUACUUCAGACACACCCACUCCCUGGAGGAGGAGGGCGAGGACGGCGAGGAGGCGGAGGACAGAGGGAGACCCUUGCUGCAGUAUGUCUAUAAAAAGGUGAGCUCCUACCCGGUUCCCAUCCUGCUGAUGAAGACGAGCCGAACCUCCUGCUGGUCCCGGGGCUCCCAGUUCUCUCUGCACUCCGCCCACCAGGGGGGUUUGUUCCCACUGAGCAGCGGCGACCGCCUGUUCGUCACGGUGACCAACGCCUCUGCUGUGGACAUGGACGAGAAGAGCAGCUUCUUCGGGGCGUUUCUCAUCAGCUAGACGGUCAGGAUGCAGGACUCAAGAUCGCGGGUUGAUCGAGCAGAUCUGCAGAUACCGUCACGUUUUUUUUUUUGUUUUUUUUUUAACGUUUGUGAUGAAUUAAUGUGUCUGUUGCAGCUGAGAACUUUUAAUGAACCCAGAAACUGAGAAACCGCAGCAGCGUUUCAGCGUGAAGAUCACAAACCAAACACUGGGUUUCCUGGAUGUGUGAGAGCUAAUCAAACUCAACAGAUUUUUGUAUUAAAGUCGGCGUUGCUUGGACUCGCCAGAGAUUUCAGUUAAGUUGUUUUUAGAUUUUCUGAAUUAUGUUUCCGAACUUGACAAAAUAUCGUAUUGUUAAUCACCAAAGCGUCUGUAACUGUGAAAGGUUCGCUAACGCGCAUUAAGCAGACUGUCCUCUGAGCUGACAUCCGGCACAUCAAGGUUGAAUCGCAUUGAUCGUAUCCAAACCAUUUGGACCGACCCCUGAUUCAUCAUCUUUUUUUGGCUUUUUUUAUCCACAGUAAUUCAAAAAGUUGCAUGCAAGAAAAACACAAAAUGGGUCAAUGUGAUAACCUGAAGCCUGAGUGCAUAUAUUGGCAAUAUCAUGCUUGCCGGUUUUCCAAAACACUUUUCUCAGCAGUCUGGUAACUCGCUACUAAUCUAGUGAUCUACUGUAGCUUAACUGUGUUUUAAAUUUUGUAAAAGUUUCUUAAAACUUGACUCACAAAUACACAAACCUGCAGAUUCUCCACAAGGAGGCGCUGCUUGGAUAUUGUAAACUCAGCCGAGCGACGCCGCCUAUAGGAAGGUGAAGUCGUAGCAGUUUAUUCACUUUUAUAUCAAAUGCCGGAUGAUUAAUUCUUCACUGAAAAACUGGGUCGAAAUGUUUGUAUGAAACUCACCUGGCUAAACUUACGUGAUUAUCCGUGAGUCCACCCUGUGACUCUGGAUGUAAAGAUGUAAAUAUUGUUCUAUAUUUUGUGUGUUUUUAUUUUUCUAAUCAGCCUUUCAGAGUCUGGAGCUUUCGGUUAAUUCUCUUCUGCCGUUUUAUGUUCCCGCGGUGAGAUGUGCGAACAUGUGAGCGUCGAAGCCUGAACCGAAACCGGCUACCGUUAGAGACCUUUCUGACAUUUGGGAGAGUGUUCGUCCGAGGUGUUGAGUUUUACUGUAAAAUAAAAAAAAACAAACAUUGCUCUUCGCUAAUCAGACUCUGUGCUGUGUGUUUUCUCUGGCAAGCAUGUUGGCUCAUCUUUCGUAACCGUUCUCCAAAUUGGAGCAUUAAAUGCUCCCUCACUGGUCGGUAUUCUAGGGCGUUCGUGUCAUGUUGGAUCAACUGCAGAUGUGACAUGCAGACCACCAAACAGCAGGAACGUGGAGUUAUUUUGUCUGCAGCUCGUCUGAUUUGCGCGUGAUUGUAGUAAACCAAAAUUAUCGGUUACGCAACCGGACGAAUCGGUGAAUACUUGAGCUAGAAGGUUCAUAAAGACAAACAAGAAGUCUUUACUUGAGGUCUACUAACUUUAAACCUCAAGCUCAGUCAGAUUCACUGAUUCGUCCAGUUUUAGCGCGCCAACACUGUUUUUCCCCCCAAUAUGACACGAAUGCAGCGUUCACUGUAGCACUUGUAUAAAAAUCACGGCACUUCUCGUCGAUUUCUUGUGUUUUCUAUGAACGUGUAGACUUUCUUUACUUUUUUUUUCUUUUAAAGUGUUGUUGUAUCUGCAAAGAUCACUGUGGGAAUUGUAUACUCCAGGACCAAACAUAGUAGUUAUUAGUUUUAAGGCCGUAUUUGUGCUCCUUGAUAUGAAUGUACUGACACAAAUCUGUAGUUUUAAGACUAAUUAUGAGACGUUCUGUCUCCAUAUAACUGAAAACAUCCACCUGUAAAUCAUCAAAGAGUGCGCACCUGCACAUUAAUCAGGCUGUAGACGAACUAAAUUUUAAAUAAUUUGCCAGAUUGACCGAAACUAAAUGUGAAUGUAAAUAACUGGGGUUUAUGUCUGUAAAUAUGUGAAAUAAAGACACUGAAAAA